UGUUUUCCUCCGAGUGAAAGAGCACAAAUGAGAACAUUAGCUGUGCAUCGUAACGAGGAUUAAGGGCCAGAGAAGUGGACCGUCGAUCUCUUCCGUCUCAGUGAUACUCGGGCAGCAUGAGUUUGUCGCGUUUCGCUAAUGACCUCGUCAGGCCGCUUUUCUGUAUGUCCAGCGUCAGAUUGCUGUUUGAACAUGACCAUCGUGUUAGCAACUUUCAAGGCAUGAUCAUUCGCGGUUUAAGAGCUCAGGCGCCUAUAGAGGUGGUAGAAGGUGAUGGUCAGUAUGAUGUCAAAGUGCUUUUCUGUCCCAUCGUCUCCCGCGCUGGGACUGAUAUCCAGGCUGUUCUCUCCCGGGUUAGAGAUGGUGAAGUCACCAUUGUGAUAGUGCUGCACCACACCUUUGACUCAAGGGCCAUAAUACCAAGCAGCAGCGUACAUGAUCGUGAAGGGGUUAUUCUUGUGGACUUCCUCUUCUCUGAGGACCAGGGACUGCUGGAAUGUCCGAAGAAUAGUGAAGCAUUUGACAGGACAGCACGUUAUUUAAGACAACUAGCCCCUCGGUCUCCUGUAAGCCAGAAUGCAAUGGGAAGAAAGAAAAUAAUCCUGCUUUGCACUGUGGGGUCCUUGUUCCUUUGGUUGAUGCGGCAGGACUAUCAUCAGGGUUCUUGUCACACUGUUGUUGGAGUGAUUAGUGGAUUUAUUGGCGGGUUUUUUGGUGGAUUUAAUAGCGGGGUAAAUGGCAGACUAUAUGCUGCGCUUAUUGGUGGGUUAACUGGAGGGUGUAGUGGUGGGGUUAUUGGCAGACUUAUUGUCUAGCGUAAUGCUAGGAUUAUUGAUGGGCAGUCUUCAUGACCAGCUUUUAAAACUUAAUCUCACUGAAGCUGCAAAUGAGGAAUUCACACUGUGUCAAAUGAGAAUAUGAAACAUUCUAAUACAAAUAGAUAUUCUGAAGGAAGCUGAUCUUUGAAAAGCAAAGGCUGACAUUGUUUAGUCCAGUAAACAUUCAACCCCUUACAUAGCUGUCCUAAAUGAGAACUAAUCUUAUGGCAUUAUAACAUUUAAAGUGGUUUUACUCACACUUAUGUAAUAGUUAGUUCUUUCAAGCUCUUUGUCUGCUGUCUACGGGGGCCAAAAAGAGACCCAACAAACUGCAAAUAAAAACAAGCUGCAAAACCCACAAAGCAUUUUCAUCAAAAUCACAACAUGGAUGCUGCAUUUUACAAACGCGCUGCAAAUUCGUAGACACUAUGAAAACUCAGAAAGCA